ACCGAUACAACUUUCAAAGAAAAAAACAAAAAUUCAAAAAAAAAAAACGAAAUUUCAAAUUUCAAUUAUUUUAUUUUAAUUUUUUUUUCCGAAGGUCUUCCUGUUUAGGGCCCUAGAUCCUCUAAUCUUCACUGUUUAUCUUACUCUCUUUCUUCUCAGAUCUUUUCCCAUUUUCUUCGCUAAUUUCUCUCAUUAAUCUUCUCGGCUUCAUGGAGUUUUGAUUUGUCGCACGCUUCACGAGUGUGCGAUGGAUUCCGAUAAUCUCUUGUCUGCUGGUGGGCUUGAGAUUGCCCAUCGAAAUGGUGUUUAUCCACAACUUCGAGUGUCUGGGGACGAUAGUGAAAUUUCAGAUAAUGUGAAUGGGAAUGUUGAGAAAGCCGCCAAGAGUUAUGUGCAGAAUGGAAUGGAUGAUAAUGGAACAACUGGGGAAGCUAGAGAAGGAUCGAAUGACUUUGUGGAAAUCAAUGGCUUGAUUGAUUCUAAGGAAGGGGAAUUGAAAGAUAAUGCGAAGCAAUCCAAACCUCAGAAGGUUCAAGGCAAGACCAAGAAUGAGAAGCCCUCUGGUCCCAAAAAUGUUUCUUCAACUUUAGUGAAGAAAAGUAAAGAUGGAAAAAGUGCAGACGUGAUGUUGACAACUUCAAAUGGUGGUUCUGUUGCUACAAAUUCGCGUCUAAAACAGCCUCUUAAAAGUAUGUCAUUUAAUGAAAGACAAGCCAAUGCAUCGAAGCAAUCUGAAAAGCCUGAUGCGGCCUUCUCUGAAGGCACUAUGGAAAAACCAAAGCUGAAGCCUCUGAAGAAAGGACCUGUUAAUAAAGCUGAGGGAGACACAGAGUCCUUAAGCCCCACAGCAGCUGAUGCCAAACCUCGUAGGGUUGGUACUCUUCCAAAUUAUGGUUUCAGUUUUAAGUGUGAUGAACGCGCUGAGAAAAGGAGAGAGUUCUACACAAAACUUGGGGAAAAGAUUCAUGCAAGGGAAGUAGAAAAGAGCAAUUUGCAAGCAAAGUCCAAGGAAACUCAAGAAGCUGAGAUUAAGAUGUUGAGGAAGAGUUUGAACUUUAAAGCAACUCCAAUGCCAAGCUUCUAUCAGGAACCUCCACCUCCUAAGGUGGAGUUAAAGAAGAUACCACCAACAAGAGCUAAAUCUCCGAAGCUUGGUCGAAAAAAAGGCUCAACUCCUUCAGAGUCUGAUGGUAACAGCAAUAGUGGCCACCAAUCAGGCCGGCUAAGUCUGGAUGAGAAGGCAUCUCAGAGCAUCUCCGGCAAAGUUAUUUCUCCUGUCCAUGCAAGGAAGCCACAGCGGAAAUCACUUCCCAAACUGCCUUCUCAGAAGACUAGUUUGUCCAGUGCAGCAAAUGAAGAAAAGACAUCCAAGGGAUCCAAUCAGGAAAAGGUAACUGCAUCUAAAGCAACUACUGAGGGUAAGAUAGCCUCAUCUAAAGCAACAAAUGAGGAGAAUACCACCUUAUCUGAUGUGACCAAUGAAGAAUUAUCUCCAGUCCAGCAGCAGGAGGCAGUUUCUACAGCUGAUUCAGGUGAAAGUCAGCUCUACAUGAAUCAAGCGCCAGUGAUUGGAGAGGAAGGACAGUUGGACUUGGUGCAAGAGCCUAUUGCACUGCAGCACUAAGCAUGGCAAUGGUUUCAAGUGGAUGUUCAUAUAGAAAAGCUCUUGACCUCAUUUGGCCUAAUAAGGACGUCUAAGACUGAAUUAUUUGAUGAUCAAGGCAUGAAAAAAAAAAUUCUACAUUACGGGUUAUGAUGUUGUCUUCCUCCAAUAUUCAGCAGCUUUGGUUGUUUCGUGUGUUGCGUGCAAAGGUUGCUGGGCUUGUUGUUAGGAUUCUGCAUUCCUGUUUGCAGCACUGUAUGUGAAAUCAUUUACCAAGUUGUCCUAAUUUAUGUUGUUUAAGGAUGGCUUAUUGAAUAUAUUUUGGGAAAUUUUGGAGUUGUCUGCUGUUAGAUAAUCCAUGAUCGAUUAGGGUUUGUCUGAACCUGCUGAACAACUUGGUAUUGUGAAUUAAGUCCAUUUUGAAGUUCCGAGUCUGCUACAUUGUGUAUAAAUGUUUUCUGUUUUAUUC